AUGGCUGGAAGAAGAGUAAAAGGAAAAGACAGCAAAGCGAUUACCGCCGUAGCCAUUGACAAGGAUAAAAACAGCCAACACGCCUUGAAGUGGGCCCUUGAUCAUAUCGUGGGCGAUUCACCAAACUGUAUCCUCCUCCAUGUUCAAACCAAAUUGAGAAUUGGUGAAGGAGAGAACACAGAAGCACCACAUGACAACCAAGAAGAGGCUCAUAAGUUCUUCCUUCCCUUUAGAGGAUUCUGUGCUAAAAAAGGGAUUAGAGCAACUGAGUUGCUUCUUCACGAUAUUGACAUCGGAAAUGCAAUUGUUGACUACAUCAACAAAAACUCCAUUGCAAAUAUAGUCAUUGGAGCCUCUGCACGAAACACCUUCCUCAAGAAGUUUAAGAGCGUAGAUGUGCCAACGACUCUACUUAAAACAACUCCAGAUACAUGUUCUGUCUACAUCGUGUCUAAAGACAAACUCUUAACAAGCAGACAAGCGAGUAGGCCUCAGACGCCUCAACACAAUCCCCAGCCUUCAAAACAACAAUCAUUACUCUCUAUCUUGUCUGAUCCUGGCCCUACAAGCUUCACUUCCACUGAAUCUGGAAGGUCAUCUUCUGCAUUACCACCUACACGUCAUUACAAGCCUUGUCUUAAUAUGAGUUCUCCAGGAGAGUUAAGCAAUGAAUUGUCUUCCAACCGUCACAGUGUUGAAUCGAAUGCGAGUUUCUACAGCAUCCUAGGACGAUCCACCUAUGGAGGAAGCUCCCACUCUUCCACAUCCAUGUAUGAUAUAACCGAUGGAGACGAAGAAGGCCUAUCUGGGGGUAACAUCACUGAACAAGAGAAUCAAAAUCUUGAACUAGAGGUGAGGAGAUUGAGACUCGAACUGCAACAUUUUAAUGCAACCAUGGGGAGAGACACUGCCCCUCAUCAUCAAGCUGCCCCCGAAUCCGAAAAGCUGGAGGAAACAAAGGUAGCAAGAGAGAUGCUUAGGGAAUUAUCUGAGAUGGAUAAGCAGAAAACACAGAGUGCCAUCCACGCAAACGAAGCGGCACAGCGUCUUGCGGAAAUCGAGAAGCAGAAGAGAAGACUUGUGGAGAUGCAAGCCAAGUUCAACGAACAGAACAUGUCCAACACCGUAUCCUACAGACGGUACAGCAUCAAAGACGUCGAAGACGCAACCGACGGCUUCUCAGACGCUCUAAAGAUCGGGGAAGGAGGGUACGGACCCGUGUUUAAAGCCGUUCUUGAAAACACUUCCGUCGCCAUCAAGAUCUUGAAGUCAGAUGUCUCACAAGGCCUUAAGCAGUUCCAACAAGAGGUUGAGGUUUUAAGCUGCAUGAGACACCCUAACAUGGUGAUCCUCCUCGGUGCUUGUCCCGAGUACGGAUGCCUUGUGUACGAGUAUAUGGAGAACGGGACGUUGGAAGACCGUCUCUUCUGUAAAGACGAUACUCCGCCGUUGUCUUGGAAGGCACGGUUCAGAAUCGCUGCUGAGAUUGCCACGGGGCUUUUAUUCCUUCACCAGGCUAAACCUGAGCCGCUAGUGCAUCGAGAUUUGAAGCCGGCAAACAUUCUGCUAGACGGGCAUAUGAUUAGCAAAAUCAGUGACGUUGGUUUGGCUCGGUUGGUACCUCCUGCUGUUGCUGAUAGCUUCACCCAUUACCACAUGACUGCUGCAGCCGGUACGUUCUGUUACAUUGACCCUGAGUACCAGCAAACGGGAAUGCUUGGAGUGAAGUCAGACUUGUACUCAUUUGGUGUGGUGCUUCUGCAAAUCCUCACAGCGAUGCCAGCAAUGGGAUUAAGCCAUAGAGUAGAGCAAGGGAUCGAGAAAAAUAGACUGAGAGAAGUUCUGGAUCCCAGAAUAUCAGACUGGCCUGAAGAAGAGACGCUGGUGCUAGCUCAACUGGCUUUGCAGUGCUGCGAGCUGCGGAAAAAGGACAGACCUGAUCUUGCUACCGUUCUGUUGCCUGCACUGAGCAAGCUAAGAGAGUUUGCAACAGAGGAUCAUGAAGUACAUAGCUCUGGUAGGACAUCUUCUGUGUCACGUGCUCACAACUCUGUUCCUCGUUCACCAAUAUCUUCUUCCUCUCAGACAGAGGAUGCAUACUGACGCAAAAAUUGGAACUUCCGACUUUAGAUCAAAGUGGAGCGACG